AUGGACCGUUCAUUUUCCCUGACCUGUUUCUCUUCCGUGGCGGUCCCUCCGAACCCGUUCUGCCCCAGUCAAACCUGCAUCUGCCUCCUCUUUGAGACCCCGUUGCAGCUUCGGCCAGUAGCCACCCGUCUCACCGGCUCCUUUUGGGACAAGGUCAGCAUGAUGCAGCUACCCGACGACAGUCGCCUUCUUUCGGUGAACCGCAUCGGCCAGACCUGGCUCAACCCGAUGACGCCAGCCAUAUCUGUGCCUUGGGAAAAGAUGGCAGCGCAGCGCCCCAGCAGCAGCAGCAGCAGCAGCAAGCCACAUCCUGUCCCCUUCAUCGUCGGCUUCCCUUGA